AUGCAUACCUCAGAUGGGCUGGAGUGGCACCAUCGAGCGGCACUCGCAUUGAGUACUUACUGCGAUGGAAUUGAAUAUGACGGAAGUGAUAGUUAUAAUGGUUAUAUCGAACUUGUCACUUGUCCACUCUCCGUGAUUCGCGGUCCGGGCUUGGCUUUGGUGGGUGUGGGUCAGCUGCUGAACUCUGCGACCUUCAAAACCAUCGGCGCAAAGGGAGUUUACUACGGGUCGCAGCUUGGAUAUGAUGUGCCAUGGGCAACGUCAUUUCCUUACAACAUCGGCAUUAGUGAUCCGCAGUACUGGGGCGUCAUUUGCUCUGUCUGGGGCUUCUACCUUUGUGUAGCUCCCUCUGGCGACCUUUUGAACCAGCACUUUGUCGUCCCGUGGCUGGAGACCUUCUGGUACAUUAUGUCCAUGAAGCUCCUCGAGCAUAAGGGCAACGGUGGCCGCCUGCUUCGCGCCCUGGGCUUCGAGGCAUACAGGGCAUACGGCCUAGGGCAGCACUCAGGCCUUCUCGAAGUGGGCGGCUGCGGACGGGUCCCUGUGCAAAGCAUUUCAGAUCCCGAUGCUGCCGGCUGUGUCACAGCAAUGUGUCACGAGAUGAGCGGCAAGGACGUACAAGUACAAGCUGGCCAAUGUCAGAUGGGUUCACACCGUCCUUUCGACGAUUUUCGUGUUGAGUACCAACGAAUGCAUGAAACGUCAGUGCUGUUCUUGCAACGGGCCGGCCGUAUGUAG